CCCCCUCGGCCUUUUCCUUCUCGACGAAGUCUUCUUCACAAUUCUUCAUUAAAUCCUCUGCAGAUUCGACCUCGUCACCGUCAAACAAGAUUGUAGCUCCGAUCCUAUAUGGCUUCUUUCUGGUGCCUCAAACUCCUCCUUAGAUGCAUUGAUUUUCUUUCAUGGCCCGUUCUUGCUUUGGCUUAUCCCCUAUGUGCUUCCAUUGAAGCAAUUGAGAAUGAUAGCCAUUCAGACACUCGGAAUUUGAUGUCCUAUUGGAUACUUCUCUCACUGAUAUACCUCUUUGAGUAUGCUUUUCUCCAGCUUCUUCAAUGGUUUCAGUACUGGCAUUACAUGAAGCUAAUGAUUGUUGUCUGCCUCAUGACGCCGGACUUUGGAAAAGCUGCUUAUGUCUAUAAUCACCUCAUUCGUUCAUGUGUCAUCAUAAGCAGAUUCAACAACUGGAAGAAGAUAUUUGUCGAGAAAGAAGACUUUAUAAUGCAGGCUGAGAAGUACAUGACACAGAAUGGAACUGAAGCGUUAGAGAAACUCAUUGCUAGCAAGAGCACAGAGCAAAGUCUUAAUGCAGAAGCAAAAAAAGCAGUUCCAACUACUGAGAAGAAUGAAAUCCUGAAGACAAAUAUAGGGAUGCUUCACAUGGAACAGGAAGAUAUCAAAGAUUUGGAGAUGAUUGAAGAAGAGGAAGUUUCUGAAGUCAAACAAUUUUCAACAUUGCAGGCUAAUACAGCCUUGUGCAGCCUCAAAUCAAAUGAAAGUACGUCAUCUUCCACAGUGAAAACCCAAAAAAUGGCGGCAGACACAGAAGGAGGAGCAUAUCCUCAGAUUUCUGCACUUGAGAAUGUACAAAAAGAGUGGACUUGUGCCAUAUGUCAGUUGACAAUGCCUUCUGAAGCUAAUUUGAAUUCCCACCUGCAAGGAUGGAAGCAUAAGGCUGCUUGCGAAGCACUGAAAGCGAAGAAAACUGAAGGAAAGGCAGCGGCGACUGACUCAGGAAACAGAGUAUCUGAUCAGAGUUCUGUGUCUGAUGUACAGAAAAAGUGGACUUGUGAUAUGUGCCAGGUUAGAACUACUUGCGAAGCAAAUUUGAAUUCCCACCUGCAAGGAAAGCAGCAUAGGGCUGCUUGCGAAGCACUGAAAGCGAAGAAAACCAGAGGAAAAGCGGCGGCAACUGACACAGGAGACAAAGCAUCUCAUCAGAGUUCCAGGUCCAAGAAUGUACAGAAAGAGUGGAAUUGUCAGAAGAACACUGGAACUUCAGUUGGAAUGAACAGUUCCAGAUUAAGAUGUUACACGUGUAAUGUAAAGUGCACAAGUGAAGUCGACUUGGCUUCUCACUUGCGGGGCAAGAAACACUUGGCUCAAAGCCAAAUUCUUGGUGAUCCGAGCUAGUAAAAGAGUCAUCUGCUUCAGAAUUCUUCUUUUUCCAGCAUAUUUAUAUGGGGGCUAUAGAGUUCUGUACAUGGACAUUGUUAAAGUUAUGAUACUGCAAAAUUUCUUAUGUUUUGUCAGAAAGAUUUAUUUUUUUUAUUUUUUUUGGGGGCCUCUGCCAUUAACCCUCCAGGCACUUGAUCAUGAGUGGCUAGCAAAUGUUAUAUACGUAAGAUACAAGAUUCUUUGGUAUUUUGCUCAAGAGCACUCUCUCUUGUGAUGCCAGCAAAGGAGAAUUUUACUUGAUAUUA